AUGGACUUAAAGCUGACCCUCAUCCGGUCAGUCACUGAGAUCAGCCGUGCCAUCCAGGAUGCUGAUGGCUCCCAGAGCUUUCAGUUCACGUACAAAGAGGAGCUGCUGGGGUACAUGCUGGACUUCAUAAAAGAGGAACCGAUGGAUUCCCUGGCCUCUCCUGUUCGCCUCACGGCCAUGCUUGCCAUUAAGCACCUGAGCAAGGUGAAACCCUCCCUGAAUCGGGAUGCAAACAGAAGCCUGCUUGAAACCUGCCUCAGGUGCCUGGUACCUCUCCCAGCUGUGCAGCACCUGACACAGGAGGGGGAGACAGCUCAGGACUCAUUGCAAAUACAGUCCUUGCACGAGUUGUCCAUGCAGGCCUUGGGCGAGCUCAUGAGAGGCCUCCUUGAAGAAGACCCCACUGAGAGCUGGGUCAUGGAGAUGUUCCACCUUCUUGAGCCAUGGCUUUCAGUUGACAAGGAGUGGGAGAGGGACAGGGCCUUGCAGGGCAGUGCCCAGCUGCUUGCCGCCUGCCGAGAGGCCGUCUACUGCAGACUGCAAGAGCCCUUUGGGAAAACCGGGUUCCUGCUGGGGCUGCUGGCGCCCUACUCCUGCGCCUCUCUCGCCACAUCCCGGCUGUGGGCUGCUGACUGCAUUGCCUGCCUCCUCCCCAUACAAGAUCAGUCCAUGGGCAUGGAUGCAGCAGAGGAGGAGCUGAAGGGUAUCCGGGAGGAGCUGAAAGCCUCCACCCCCGAGACUGUGCUUGCCGCAUCCUCCCGCAUGGCCAAGGUCCUUGGAAAAUAUUGUCCAUCAAGCCAGACCCAUGAGUUCAUGGAGACCAUGCUGACUGGCAUGCUGAGAGCCAGCCCCACAUGUGCCACAGCAGGAGGACAUUGGCUCCUCAGAAUCAUCAAGGAGCAUGGAGAGGCCCUGCUGAAGGAGGUGCCGGACAUCCUGGGCACCAUAACGAUGCACAUGCCAGCUAUGCAGGAAGGGUGCAUGAAGAGCUGCCUGCUGGAAGCUGUGGCCAGUCUAGCAGGCUUCCACGUAGAGGCCGUCACCAGCAGCCUGCUUUGUAGACCUCUGCCCAUGGACAGUGACACCUCUGAAUUGUGGUGGGCGAUGGGUGGAGGCGAUGAUUUCUCCAUCCACGUGCUGCAUUUGUUCCUCGCCAAGCUGGACCAUCGGGCUGAGACGGAGAGCAGCUCACUCACCGUAGCAUUUGAGCCACUGGCAGCAACCUGUGCUGCUUUGGAAAUCAUCAGCACCCUGCAGUGUGGCCAAGUGCUGAGGGACAUGCUCCCAGCCAUGCUGCGUGCUCUUGUGGAGCAAACAAGCCACACCGUGGGGCAAAAAAUGCCAGCGCCCGGCGGGAGCCUGAGCAGCAUUACAGAGGGCCAAGUCCACGUAGUGGGCAACCCUUGCAGGUGA